AUGGAAGCGCCAUCACUGGAGAGGACCCUGACAGGCAGCACCGGGGCCAGUGCGGAGACCGAAGCCAGACUACAGGGCCUGGUGCGUGAUCUUUUUCAUCUGGCAGAUGUAGAUUCCAAUGGAACCAUUCAGUUCAAAGAGUUCAUCGACCACCACAACCGUGUCCUGGAGAUGGCCAGCGACUCCUUAGGACGAGCCGAGGUUCUCACAGGUGAAGAGGCUCAGAAGCUCUUCAGACAGGCGGACAAAGAUCACAACCAUCGCUUGGACAAGGAGGAGUUCUUCGACUACAUGCACGGCUUGCUCAGUGUGGUGGGGCUGAAGCAGUUCGAAAGCAUCUGCGCCACCCUGGUGGCCGAGGAGACUUUGCGACGGGCCGUGAUCGCCGAGGGCUUCGACCGAAAGUCCUCGGAGCGCUUGUUGGAGCAGGCUGGGGUAGCUUGGUUCUACAAGCAGCCAAUGAAGGACCAAGCCUUGUCUUUCUUGAAAGCCAGAGCUGACCCCAACGUCACUGACAAGAAUGGCACCUCCGUCCUCCUGAACGUCACCGGCAAAACGGACGCCCAGUUCGCUUCGCAGCUGAUUGCGGCCCGCUGUGACCCACAGCGUCACAACAAGGACUUCGACUGCCCAUUGUUUCGGGCCGCCAAGGCGAGACAUAUCGAUGUGAUGAAGGUGCUACUGGGGCAGGAGUGGGCACCACCUGAGGAGGACGACGGAGAGAAGUCCCCUGCCAAAAGGGCGCCGGCGCAAGUGAAUGAGGAAUUGGUGAAACAAAUGCACGAUCUCACUGGCGCACAAAUCCGGCAGCUGGUGGCCAAACGAGCGGACGUGAAUUAUAAAGCUCUAAACGGCUGGACCCCGUUGACGCUGGCCGUUUUUCAUGGCAAGCUCGAUUGUGUGGAGACUCUAGUGAAGCUGCAAGAUCCGAUGAAAGGCAUCAAACUUCAGCUACAGGGGAAGAAUGCGAAGGGCCGCGCACCCCUGCAUUUGGCGGCCCGCAAAGAUAUGCCCGAGAUCGCUCAACUGUUGCUGAAGAACGGCGCAGAUCCCGACGUCCGCGACAUGGAUGGCUGGACCCCGCUGCACCACGGCUGCUUCAAUGGCAACUCUAUGGUGGUGCGUGCGUUGCUGCAGGGGGGAGCCAACUUGCUGAUCCAGGGUGUUGGAGGCUUCACCGCCUUCCUGGUCACCCGCUUGCCGCAGCGCGCCUGCGAUCUGAGCGAUUCCACCCUGGACUCGCUGAAGCCGCAGGAGGGGGUGGACUUCCAAAAGCGCUUGGUGCCGAUCUUUAAAGGCGAAGAGAUGACGGUGUUGCAAAAGAUCGAAGAGCUUCUCAACCUUCCAGGUGUCAAUCAGAUGCCCGAGCGCCUCCGAUUGCACGAGCAGUUCUUUCAUCCCCUGCAGGGGCCCAACAAGGUGAAGCUGAAGUUGGUUUGGAGUACCUUGAUCUCUCCCCUCAUCCCGCGCUUGCGCACGGGCGCCGUUGACAUGGAAGUCACGCCCAACCCGCAUCUGUCGGAGGAGGGGAAAGCCGAGUACCUGGCGGAGGUGAAACGGAGGCAGACCUUGCAGAAUGAUUUCUUCAAGCAAUGGCUGUAUGACACCCGUGGGCCCCGGCCAAACUACUAUUGGAAGUUUGACAACCGAGAAGCUUACAGGACAGAAUUGAACAAUUUGCUUCAGCUGGAAUUGGCUGAGUACCGUAUGGAAUUUGACAAACUCUAUGAAAAGAUGGUGGACGAAGAAGAUUUCGGGUCAGAACUAGCUGAUAUCGAAGCAGAAGUGGUGCUGGACAAAUCCGUAUUGAGCCAGCUGCGAGCUCAUCACUUUCCACUCUGGGUGGAACAAUUGGAUUUGGUGGAGGCCUUGGAUCAACUGCGUACUGUGGGGGCUGCCGGCUUUGCUGGCCUCAAGGAUGACCACGUUGCCCUGUUGAACUUGGUGGAGCAACUCACCAUUUCGCAUAACCUGAGAUGUGGCAGGAUGUUCUGGCGAAAUGCCUACCGCACCUGGCUUCUCCAGUUGGCCCAGAUGUCGGAUCACGAAGACAAAUUCAAUGCAGAGAACCCUUCCUUGCCGGCCACCUAUCGCCACGGUCCUGUGAAGACAGAGGAACGGACCAAGCACAAGGAACACGCCCUAGGCUUGACGCCCACGGCAGAUACCUUCGAUACCCGGACCAGCACAUCGCAGAUCUUUGAUCUGAUCAGAGGCACGAUCUCCGUCAGCAGUCCCAAAGCAGUGUUAAAACUCGUGGAAGUCUUCAAGGGGUUGGACAAAUCCAUGGACCGGCUCCAGCUGGUGCGUGUGAUCAAUCGCUUCAACAAGGAAUCUGCAAGCCUUGAUGGCCACAGAUUUGUGGAAAUGCACGUACUCUUCCGCAACGGCGUCCGUGCGGCUGCCUGUGGACGAGAAGACAAAUCCGUGGAUUUGACCAUGGUUGGUGAAGUCUGCAUCGUGCUGGAGGAUUUUCUCAAGGUUCACAAGCGCAGGCAUUUGCUCUACAAGCUGAAGGAGGGUGUCUUUGAUUGGAGCCCGGAUGACGAUGAACUGGACAACGACGUGGACUUGGAGAGUUCCCUCCGUGGGGACGAUCUGCCACAAUAG